ACAUUUGCUCCUGCACCGUCCACACCAACAGGAAAAAAAGCAGCGCGGCGUAGACAUUGUGCUCGACUAAAUGCGCUGGACAACACUGACUUGUUUGCCCUUCACCAGGCUCAACUUGAGCUCUUCAGACAUAAUCUGAGGGUGAGGGAGGAGAAGCACUACGACCCCAACGACCCUACACUUAAGUUUGUGGAAACAGAGGAUGAAUUAGACUUUUUGUGUGAAGGCUUCACAUCUCAUAGAGCUCUGAUGUCCUGUGGUCACGCUGUCACUCCCACGUCUCUGACCAACUGGUGUCUGAAGCUACUGGAUGAUGGUGAGAGCAGGUUUGUGUGUGGACAAACUGGCUGUAACGUAGAAUGGUCUUAUGAGGAGGUUUGUAAAAUGGCUCUACUGACCCCUGAAGAAAAGAAGCUCUUUGAAAAAGCCAUGAAAUCCAACGCUGCCAGAGCCAACACCAGACCAUGUCCUGGAUGUGAAUCUCCUGUGGUCAGAACCGAUGUGUUUAAUCUCAGAGUUCACUGCUCAGUUUGCUCAGUGAACAGAAGUGGGAGCUAUGACUUCUGCUGGCAGUGUCUGAGGGAGUGGAAGGGUCCUGAUCCACGUUCAGACCGCUGCGACAACGAUGGCUGCUGCAACCAGUCAGUAAAGACGCUGCAGACCUGCCCAGAAAUGCUGCUGGAGGAUGUGAAGUGUCCGUCCAUCAGAGCGUGUCCCACCUGUGGCAUCCUGCAGCAACACGACAAGGGCGGCUGUAAAAAUGUGUACUGUCCUCGCUGUAGGAAGUAUUUCUGCUUUGUGUGUCUCAGUGUGACACAGCUUCAUCAGUGCAGUGUUGCUGCUCCUAGACAGACGUCUGUGCCUGUGUGGCAGAAAAAAUAGUAAAAACAAGUAGAAUAUGAGCAUUCAGACAAUUAAGGCAGUUCUUAAAGUAUCAAACAUUUAAUUUUUCUCUUCCUUGUGCAAUGUGAGAUAUUAAAUAUUUAGUCAAAGUUAGCUUUAUUUUCAAUAUCUCUUCAUGUGCAUAUAGGGUAAUAAAAUCACCUUUCUAAGAACAACAAUAUAUAUAUAAAAUACACAUACUAUUGUACAUACACAUAGAUACAUACUAUAUCAUAGUGUAUAUAUAAACAUGAUGUAAACCAAAUGAAAUAUGAGGGCACAUUUGAACAUGAAAGAUGGGCAUUACGAUAAUCACAGCUUUUCUAUUGAUGUGGAUCUUUUUCCUUGCUACUAUCUAUGUGACGACAAAGCUCUUGAAUAAAACAUCUAAGUUGUUCAUUAA